AUGGCUGACGAAACUGAAACCCAAAAUACUACGCCCGAUAGUAUUGGAUGGCCUACUUCACCCCGCCAAGGUGUACAGCCCCCGACCGAGCCCCCUCCGCGCAAUGAAGCCACCAGCUUGCAGUCUCAAUCAGGCGCAGUGCCCCCUGUGAUUAGGGGUUGGUACGCUCCACCAGCCCCCUGGCAGGUACAAUCCAACUCUCCAGCAACGCCGACACCUAGUCAAACUGCUAGUCAAAAUGCUGCUCCACCUACUGUUCCGCCUGUUUCUCCAACUGUAGCUCAGAUUGUUGCUCCAGCUACAAUCCCCAGUGCUGCUCCAACUGUGGGCCAAACGCCGAGUCAAAUUCUUGGUCAAAUGCCGAAUCAAUUGCUCAGUCAAACGCUUGGUCAAACGCCUAGUAAAGCCCCUAGAGCUUCGCCCCUUUCAACUGAAGAUGAUCUCGAGCUACUACGCAUUGCUGUGUACUAUAAAGAUCGGUUCACUAGCAUGAAAGGCAAUGCUUCUCUUUAUGAGUCGAUUGCAGACGUAUGGAGAGCCAAUACUGGGCGGAACAUCAAUCAACAAACUGUUCAUAAGCAUGUCACCGAAAGGCUCAAAGUGCAUGGCGCUAUACUAUCUAUACCAAAGGCUGACCGGGCUAGAAUGAACGCCACUGAAGCUGCUAUUUUUGACUAUGCCAAUGAGAUAUACGAAGUGCUACAACAGAACUUAAGAGCAAACGAACAACGAAAGGAGUUCGCUAGUGUGGGUACUAGGCCCCAGAUAUCUACCAACUCUGCCGGGGAUGGUAUGGCCGAUGAAUCAGUACAACGGGCAAGGGAUAAAAGACCUAUAAAUGAGGCGAAUCCUACGCAAGUCGGUAUGUUAAAGCCACCGACUCCCCCGAUAUCACUACACACAGAAAUGGCCUUAUUUCUUAGUAUGAUGAAUACUCGAGCAGCUAGUGAGGCCUCCACCGCGGCUAAAAGGUCGGAUAUCACUAGGCUAGAACGUCGAAUUGAUAGCAUGGCUGCUACUAUGGACGGGAUGAUGGCUUUGCUUAGAACCAUUGCGCAUAGGCAGUCAGGGUCCAACUAA